AUGACUCGCUCCGAUCUUGCAAACGGUGUUCACCUCGUUGGUAGUAUACCUCUAUUAACCAGCGAGGAAGUGUUCACGACUCUGUCUGAAGCUCUUCCUGGCCGAUUGUUCUCGAUCCCAGAUGGAGAAACCGGGGAUCGGUCUAACUUUAUCGCGUGGGAACGCUUUCGAUUUCCUGUAGAAACUAUUCAUGAGACCAUCGGAGGCAAGCCAUUGCCUGAAGGCCACUCCGGAUUUUUCACGCUGGAUGACGUGACGCCUAGCGACUACGACAAGGUUGCAAAGGAGUCGUAUCAGCACUUUCUUCAACUUCGCGCGAAGGGUGUUAUUCCGCCCAAGGUGCGCUUCCAAGUGUCUAUACCGACACCUUACGAGUGUAUUCAGGGUCAUGUACGGUCGGAAUUUCAGGCCCAACUAGAGCCUUUCUACGAGAGGAGAAUCUCGGAUGUUGUGGAGUCAAUCCUAAGCGCCAUCCCAGCAGAGGAUGUAGCAAUUCAAUUUGACUCAUGCUUUAUUAUUACUGCUCUGGAGUAUGAGCGUGGCCGCUUAAACGACGAAUUCUUUAAGCCACAUUUCUCCCAUAUUUAUAAAGGGGUACUCGAGCGUGCUCGGAGAUUAUGCGCUCUUAUACCAAGUAAUGUUCCUUUUGGAUGGCAUUUGUGCUACGGUGAUCUCGGUCAUAAGCAUUUUAUUGAGCCGGAGGACUUAGGACUUUUGGUGGACAUCGCCAACGAGUUGGUUCUAUGCAUUCCCAGAGAUACGAACUUGAGCUGGCUUCAUAUGCCUGUCCCCAAGAACCGUGAUGACACAGCGUACUUUGAGCCUUUGAAGCGACUCAAGGCCGGUGACAGAACAAAACUGUACCUUGGACUUGUGCAUCCAAAUGACGAAGAGGGCACGUUCCGAAGGCUUCAAGCAGCUCGGAAGGUCAUUCCUGGGAGGGACUUCGGCGUUUCGACCGAGUGCGGUAUGGGGCGGACGCCUAAGGAAGAGCUCACGAGUAUUUUACAGAUCUCUCAAGGUUUGACGGAGGCAGAAACUGCAUGA